AUGCCAUCCGAUCACAUUCAUCUGAUGAACGAUAUAAUUCAACGUGCAAUUGCCAAGCGCGAUCAAGAAAUGAAGUCACCAGGCACGGAUGAAGACGGUUUGAUACUUUGCUCCAAAGUUGAUAUGACCGAAGAAACAGGAACUGUGGCAAUACUACCAAUGGAUAGAAACCCACCGGAAGACGACAAACAUCGAGUGCAGUUCACAGCUAAUACACGUCCGGAUGCGGCUGAAUGUCGGCCGGCCUAUGACCAUGGCAAGAAGGAUCAGAUUCAGGCAGAUCUACGCGGUUACUUUGGAUGUGAUCCUGGUGCGAAAAUUCUAUGUCCGGCUGGAGGUAUCGCGGUUUUCUCUAGUUUAACACUGCAUUGCUCAUCGCCGAAUCGUAGUGGCGCACUCCGUUCAGCACUCAACGUACAGUACGCCUCAACACCAUUGAUGAGUGAAGAUGGACAAUCGUUUCGGCAUAAGGCUGAUCCAUUUGUAGUUGAAAGAGAAACAGCGGAAGACGUUAAACAGUGGCAAAAAUAA